AUGUUCAAAACUCUUUCAAAAUCUAUUGGUUUUUUAGUUGCAAUUAUUGCCUUAGUUAAAGGUGAUACUUACACAUGUAGUCAAAUGCAAUCAUUGGCCGAAGGUUAUUUCAGAGGUCCAACUCUAACCACUAUGCUUUGUAUUUCAUAUUAUGAAUCAACAUAUAAUACUCAAGCCAUUAACCCAACAUCAAAAGCUGCAGGUUUAUUCCAAAUUCUCCCAGAACAUUGUGGUGAAUUAUGUAAAACUUGUACAACUCCAAGUGAUUUAUUAAAUCCAACUAUUAAUACUGAAUGUGCUAAAUCAAUUUUAAAUUCUCAAGGUUUCAAAGCAUGGACAACUUAUGCAUCAGGAGAUUGUAAAAAUUGGAAUAAAUGUGUUGCACCAAGUGCUUCAACACAUGCAGCAUCAACUCAUGGCUCAACAGGACCAUCAACUCAUGGCUCAACAACUCAUGGCUCAACAACUUCAACUACAUAUACAUCAGGUGCAUCAAGUGGUUUGUUUGAUUUCAAAGCAAACAAUGGUGGUGGACAAGAUAUGGUCAAAUAUUUUUAA